AUGCAUAGAGUGUUUGCCUUCCACACCAUCAACCCGGGUAGUAAUGCGGCCGAUGUAGGUAUAGUCCUAGGCCCUGUUGCAGCCCACGGCCCAGACCGCCAGGCUAUUCCUGACUGCAGACGGACUAAUGAUGCCAAGAGCAGGCCAGGGGAGCCAGAGGAGCCAGGAGAGCCAGGGGAGCCAGAGGAGCCAGGAGAGCCAGAGGAGCCAGGGGGGGCAGAGGAGCCAGGGGAACCAGGGGAGCCAGGAGAGCCAGAGGAGCCAGGGGGACCAGGGGAGCCAGGAGAGCCAGGAGAGCCAGGGGAUCCAGAGGAGUCAGGAGAGCCAGGGGAGCCAGAGGAGCCAGGGGGGCCAGAGGAGCCAGCAGGAGAGCCAGGGGAGCCAGGGGCACCAAGGGAGCCAGGAAAGCCAGGGGGACCAGGGAAGCCAGAGGAGCCAGGGGGACCAGGGGAGCCAGAGGAGCCAGGGGAGCCAGGAGAGCCAGGAGAGCCAGGGGGACCAGAGGAGCCAGAGGAGCCAGAGGAGCCAGGAGAGCCAGGGGAGCCAGAGGAGCCAGGGGAGCCAGAGGAGCUAGGGGAGCCAGAGGAGCUAGGGGAGCCAGGGGGACCAGGGGAGCCAGGGGAACCAGAGGAGCCAGGGCAGCCAGAGGUGCCAGGGGAACCAGGGGAUCCAUCCUGCUCUGGUGACACAAUAUAA